AUGGCUUUUAGCCUCAUCCACAAACCGGACGCCCCGUCCCGAGGCAUCUCCUGGAAAGCGGCGGUCAUGCUCUGCUCCCUCCUCCUCGCGCCUCUCAUCCUCCUGCACCUCCUCACCGACGGCUGCGCCUCGUCCUCACCGGUGAACGAAGCCUCCUCUCUCGGUCGGGACUCGGUACUUUUCGAGAAGUCGGGGACCUUGAAGAGGCUCGCGCUGACCGUUGGGUCAGAGCUGAGGGGCUACGGGGCCGCCCGACGCGCCUCACGGGCGCUCGCGGAUGAGCGCUCGAGGAAGAUGGAACUGCAGCUUCCCGGAGGAGGAGAAGAAGAAGAAGACUCCAGGGUCGCCAUGUCCGGGAAAGUGUCGCCCCGGUUCGCUGGUAAGCUCAGCCCGCUCGGGGAGGGGAGCAAGAAGAUGCCCCAGGCUCUCAUCAUCGGGGUGAAGAAGGGAGGAACCCGGGCUCUGCUGGAGUUCCUGCGGGUCCACCCGGACAUCAGGGCCGUGGGAGCAGAACCGCACUUCUUCGACCGCAACUAUGACCACGGCCUGGACUGGUACAGGGAUCUGAUGCCAAAAACCCUGGAGGGCCAGAUCACUAUGGAGAAAACCCCCAGCUACUUUGUGACCAGAGAAGCUCCAGCGAGGAUCUCCGCCAUGUCCCGGGACACCAAACUAAUCGUGGUAGUGAGGGACCCGGUAACCAGAGCUAUCUCAGACUACACCCAGACUCUGUCCAAAAAGCCUGAUAUUCCCUCUUUUGAGAGCCUCACCUUCAAAAACAGGACUACGGGUCUGAUCGACACCUCGUGGAGCGCCAUCCAGAUUGGCAUCUACGCCAAACACCUGGACAAUUGGCUGCAGUACUUCCCCAUGGACCAGAUCCUCUUUGUGAGCGGCGAGCGUUUGAUCAGCGACCCGGCCGGAGAGCUGGGCCGGGUCCAGGACUUCUUGGGCCUCAAGAGGAUCAUCACAGACAAACACUUUUACUUCAACCAGACUAAGGGAUUCCCGUGCCUGAAGAAAGCAGAGGGCAGCAGCAAGCCCCACUGCCUGGGAAAAACCAAAGGGCGAACCCAUCCGAACAUUGAUCCUGAGGUGGUCCAGAGGCUACGGGACUUCUACAGACCCUUCAACAUGAAGUUCUACCAGAUGACCGGACGUUUCUUUGGCUGGGAUAAUUGAAGAUGAUUUAGGAACACACUUGAU